CCCCAGGUGCCUUGGCCCCGGCUGCCCUCGAAGUCAUCAGGAUGUGGUCCCUACCGGCCGCCCUCUCCCUGCUCCUGCUGCUGCUGCUGCUGCAGGCCCCCCCUUGCAGACUGCAGUCGCCGAGCCCCGCGAAGCUGCGGCUGGUGGGUCCAGGGAGCAGGCCAGAGGAGGGCCGCCUGGAGGUGCUCCACCAGGGCCAGUGGGGUACCGUGUGUGAUGAUGACUUCGCUCUCCAGGAGGCCACCGUGGCCUGCCGCCAGCUGGGCUUUGAAACAGCCCUGACCUGGGCCCACAGUGCCAAGUAUGGUCAAGGGGAGGGACCCAUCUGGCUGGACAAUGUGCGCUGUAUGGGCACAGAGAGCUCCCUGGACCAGUGCAGGUCCAAUGGCUGGGGUGUCAGUGACUGCAGCCACUCAGAGGACAUCGGGGUGGUGUGCCACCCCCAGCGCCACCGCGGCUAUCUUUCUGAGAGAGUCUCCAAUGCCCUUGGGCCCCAGGGCCGGCAGCUGGAGGAGGUGCGGCUCAAACCCAUCCUUGCCAGUGCCAAGCGGCACAGCCUGGUGACCGAGGGGGCGGUGGAGGUGAAGUACGAGGGCCACUGGCGGCAGGUGUGUGACCAGGACUGGACCAGGAACAACAGCAAGGUGGUGUGUGGCAUGCUGGGCUUCCCCAGCGAGGCACCUGUCAAAAGCCUCUACUACAGGAGAGUCUGGAAUUUGAAGAUGAAGGACCCCAAAUCUAGGUUGAAGAGCCUGACACAGAAGAAUUCCUUCUGGAUCCACCGGGUCAACUGCCUGGGGACAGAGCCCCACCUGGCCAACUGCCAGGUGCAGGUGGCCCCAGCUCAGGGCAAGCUGCAGCCGGCCUGCCCGGGCGGCAUGCACGCUGUGGUCAGCUGUGUGGCGGGGCACAAGGAGUCCCGGGCAGAGGUGGGUCCCACCGCGUGGCAGCAGGAGUGGCAGGAGCUGAAGGUGCGCCUCCGCUCGGGGGCCCAGGUGGGAGAGGGCCGUGUUGAGGUGCUCAUGAACCACCAGUGGGGGACGGUCUGCGACCACGGAUGGAACCUCAUCUCUGCCAGCAUCGUGUGCCGUCAGCUUGGCUUUGGCUCGGCUCGGGAGGCCCUUUUUGGGGCCCAGCUGGGGCAGGGCUUGGGACCCAUCCACCUGAGCGAGGUGCGCUGCAGGGGUUCUGAGCGGACCCUCAGUGACUGCCCCUCACUGGAGGGGUCCCAGAAUGGCUGUAAACAUGAGAAUGACGCUGCCGUCAGGUGCAACAUCCCUGACAUGGGCUUCAAGAAUCAGGUGCGCCUGGCCGGCGGGCGCAACCCCCAGGAGGGUGUGGUGGAAGUGCAGGUAGAGGUGAACGGAGUCCGGCGCUGGGGGGCCGUGUGCAGUGACCACUGGGGGCUCACCGAAGCCAUGGUGGCCUGCCGACAGCUCGGCCUGGGUUUUGCCAACCACGCAAUCAAGGACACCUGGUACUGGCAGGGGACGCCAGGGGCCACCAACGUGGUGAUGAGCGGCGUGCGCUGCUCGGGCACAGAGCUGGCCCUGCAGCAGUGUCAGAGACAUGGGCCGGUGCUCUGCUCCCACGGCUCAGGGCGCUCCUCGGCCGGGGUCUCCUGCACAGACAGCGCUCCAGACCUGGUGAUGAACGCCCAGCUCGUGCAGGAGACCGCCUACCUAGAGGACCGGCCGCUCAGCCAGCUGUACUGCGCGCACGAAGAGAACUGCCUCUCCCGGUCUGCCGACCACAUGGACUGGCCCUAUGGCUACCGGCGCCUCCUGCGCUUCUCCUCCCAGAUCUACAACCUAGGCCGGGCCGACUUCCGUCCCAAGACAGGACGCCACAGCUGGAUUUGGCACCAGUGCCACAGGCACUACCACAGCAUCGAGGUCUUCACCCACUAUGACCUCCUCACUCUCAACGGCUCCAAGGUGGCUGAGGGGCACAAGGCCAGCUUCUGCCUGGAGGACACACACUGCCCCCCAGGACUGCAGAAGCGCUAUGCGUGUGCCAACUUUGGGGAGCAGGGAGUGACUGUCGGCUGCUGGGACACCUACCGGCAUGACAUCGAUUGCCAGUGGGUGGAUAUCACAGAUGUGGGCCCUGGGAAUUACAUCUUCCAGGUGGUUGUGAACCCCCAGUUCGAGGUGGCGGAGUCUGAUUUCUCGAACAACAUGAUGCGGUGCCACUGCAAGUAUGAUGGGCACCGGGUGUGGCUGCACAACUGCCACACAGGAGAUUCCUACCGAGCUAAUUCAGAGCUCUCCCUGGAGCAGGAGCGUCUCAGGAACAACUUCAUCUGA